UUCGAUGCUUAAGUUGAUAUUUUUUAUUUAAGAAUAUUUCAAAUAAUUUCAAGAAAUUAAAAAUAAUAAUUGUUUUAGUAGUAUCUUAUAUAUUUAUUAAUUAAUUAAGUUCAGUGUGAGAAAACAAUCAAGUUAAAAUCUACAAAUUUCAUCCUAAAUAUUUAGUCAGUUAGUUAUUUAGAAAUGUAGUAACAAUUGUCUACAAGACCCCCAAUAUAGCCUCUUGGAUAUCACUAAGCUAGUAGCCUUAAACAGCAAAACCAGCAAAUAAUUAAGGGCUUUCCUCAUCAAAAUAUUGGCAUCAACAACACCUUACAGCAAUAGCAGUAAAAAGUAUCAAGUUUAUCAUAGCAAAUACAAAAUCAGCUCACGAUGCAAGCCCAUAAUUCCUAAUAAAUGUCCAAAAUAAAUCAACCUUAUGUUAAUUAGCAAUAAAAUUAUCUUCAAAAGUCAAAUAGCCAAGGAUUCAUUUAAGGCGGAUAGUAUGGAUAACCAGCAUUAGCUAGCAAUUUUAUUCAAGGUACGAGUAACGCAAUAAACCAGCAAUUUAUUAACAAUCAAUACAGCCAGCAAGCUAGCAUGCAAAAUUAAAAAAUAAUCCAAAGUAAUAAUAACAGUAAUGGAAAUAUUUAUUAGGCAUCAUAGCAAUAAUAACAAUAAAAUUAGUAUCAUGCAAGUUAGGUGACUAAGUAAUUAGAUAAAAAGUUAAAUUUACAAUAGGGUUCAGGUCAACAUGCAGGUAUUCAAACUAUGAAUUAAUAAGUUUUACCAAUAACUCAUUAGAAUCCUGCAGUAAUCUCACAGUAAUAACUAUUAGAAUAAAAUAAAGUAUAGUAAAACAAAGUAAAUAAUUAAGUCAUUACAGUCAACACUAAUUCUUCUUUAAACGCUGGUUCAUCAUUUUAUUCUAACUAUGUUCAAGAUUAGUAAAAUUACUAAAUUCCUUAAUAUAAUUAGUAUACCGGAUAAUAUUUAAUCAAAGAUCCUGUUGAAAGUUAAGCUAUUAAAAGUUCCUCUUCUCUCAGUUCUCAGUAACUACCCUAUGAAAAUUUACCAACUGCAGUAUUUCCUGUCAUAUCCAAGAAUUCAAAUUAGCAAAUAGUGAGUCGUAUACAAUCUGGUACUUUGAAUGAUAGUUAAUUUAGUCAUAAUAUGCAAAAUAGUGUUUCAAUAUUUUAAGAUCAGUAAAUUAAAGCUAAUUUGUAACAAGUUAUUAAUGAUUCUAAUCAAGGCAAAGAGUGUAUAGCAGUAAUUUCAAAUCCUUAGAGCAUGAAUUUAAACGAUUUUAAAGCUGCUAGUUUAUCUAGUCUGCCUAGGGUUAACUCUGCUGUAAAUAGUAUGACAGAAAUACAGAGAGUGGAGGAGAUUUUUAAUAACCAAAAACAAUUAAUUAAUGAAAUCAUUUCAAAUACUUAAAAUUAAAAUAAUUCUUAACAAAAUGAAGGCUAAUUUUCUUUUCAUUAAAACAAAACAGCUGAGAUCAAUCAAAAAAUUUCAGCAGAUCCACUAGAUUACUUAUCUCCAGCUGUUAGAGAGUUGAUGGAGAAUAUGAAAUAGUACAAUUAAUAAAUUCAAUAAAAUGCAACUAAUAACAUUGAGAAAACUUAAAUUGAAAUGGAUUCAUCUCAAAAAAUUAAUGAAUAAAGCUAAAGAGACUCUAUUUUUAGUCCAAUCAAUAUUAUCUAUCAGAAUUAAAAUGGCCAUCAAAUAAGCGAACAGGGAAAAUAUGAUACUGAUUAGAUUAAACUUGAUAAACAAUAAAAUAAACUAUUAGAAAAAAUAGAUGAAGAAAAAUCAAAUUUAAACAGCCAUAGAGAUUAUCACUAAGGUUCAAUGUUACAAAACCUAACAGAUCAAACUUCUUAUUUCAAUAGCAGAAGUUAAAGUUAGCCAAGCGCCAUUCCUAGCAAUCAACAUAUUUAAAUAAACUCAAAUAAUUUUAUUUAAGAAAAUCAAAAUUAAACAGAAGUAGUAAAGUCUGAGGAGUACUAACAAAAUAAUGUUCUAAUUUAAGAUAACAUUUAAUAAAUGAAAAUUUAAGAUAUUCCUGAUCAAUCAAAAAAUAGUUAUAAUGAUACUUAAAAAAAUGUUGAUGUCUAAAAAAUCAUUGAGUAUUAUAAAAAUCAAAAUGUAAAGUUAGAAACUAUAAACGAAGAAAAUAAUACAGAUAUUUUUUAAAGCUAUUACAGUUAGAAUUAAUUUAAAAGUCCUCAUUCUCAGUUAUCAUCUGAAAAGCCUAAAUUAAAUGAAAUUUAGACUACUUUAAUUAGUCAGAAAGAUGGCAUUCCACCAUAUAUUGAGAGUGUCGAAGUAGAAAAAGAAAGCUUAAAUGAAAUGAUUCAAAGAUACCAAAAUAGAUUAGAUAGUAAGCUUAAUCAGCUUAGCUCACAUUAAAAUUUAAUAAAAGCUGAGAAAAAUGAAGAUUAAAUAACAAACAACUAAUUUAUCUAGGGUGCUUAUCAAAACAAUAUUUAUUACCAAGACCAUAAUUAGUAAACUUCAGAUUCUCAAAAUAAUUUAAAUACUGGUUUAAAAGCAUAGUAUUAUGAUAAUGAUUUGAAAAAUUUUGAAAUUAGACAAAAGUAAGAAGAGUAUGAUAACUAAUAAUAAGAAACUCAACAAUUCAAUUAAAAAAGUUAAAGUUAAUAGCAAUUAAUUCAAGAUAAUUACACCUCUAAUAUUUAGCAGCUGAUUUAUCAAAAAACUGAUGAAAUAAAAAAUUAAAUUGAUAGUUUGUCAAUGAACACACUGAAUGCAUUAGUAUAAAAAGAAUAGAAUUCUUAGAUUAGCUAAUAACAUGCUAUUUAAGAUAGCUAAGAUUUAAAAAAUAAAGAUUUUAUAUCUGCAAAUGAUUAUUCCAUUUAAUAAAACACUAAAUUUGGUAAAGUUAGCCAUACAAAAAUUUAAUUUGAAGAUGGCUUAGCUAUUUCUACUAUUAAUCCUACAGAAUCAUAUAUUAAUGAUACAAAAUAUUUUAACUAAAAUUUGACUGAUGCUUAAGAAGAAUUGCUAAAAACCUAACAAACUUAGGAAUCUAAUGUUUAAAAUACUGAUACUUAUAUGAUAACAAGAACUGAAGAAAACGAAUCAGUAAAAAAAUCUAUGAAGAAGGUUGAAUAAAUAGUUGGAUCAAUGCAAAAUACCAACUCAAUGCAAGGUGAUAAUGUUGCCUAUAACUUUUAGAGAGAAUAAGAUUAUAUAAAAAUAAAUGAUUUUAAUGAUUUAAUCAAGUAGAAUGAGAGCCCAGCCAGAGAAAAAUAAGAAGAAAAAGUAUUAGAUAGAAUUAAUUAACUUUUAAAGCAACAUAAAGAAAGAUCUAGCAGUGUAGCCAGUUCAGUUUCAUCAACCCCUCAACAGAAAGUUAUAGAAGGCGUAACAUUGGAAGAUAUCGAAAAUUUAAUUGAUAAAAAGAUGGGUCAACUGGUUGAGAAGUUGAGAAUAAAAAAAUUUAAAAGAAAAACCUCAGAUGUUCAAGAAAAAAUUAAAAAAAAAGAGGGAGAGGGCUCAUUUAAGAAUAGAAAAAGUUAAGAUAUAAGUGAAAUUAAUGUGAGAAAAUCUUCAGCUAACAGCAGUACUGCAAGACAAAAUGCUGAGGAAAUUGAAGAUUCUAAUAAUGAAAAUUUCACUUAGUUAAAUGAGAAACAAUAAAAAUAAAUAAAGAAGUCAGCUCCUAGAAACAUCAACACAUCUCAAGAGCAGUUAGUGAUUACUAUUAGCACUCAAUAGUAGCAAUCAUAAUAAUAGCUUAAGAAUAAACCAAUAUCUCUAAGUGAAAUCGAAAUCAAUAAAUUUGGAUCCAAUUAGGAUAUGCACAGAUUGCCAACUGAAGAGGAAGAAUUAAUAAAUUUGUAUUCUUAAAAAACUGUUUACACUUCAUAAAUAGAUUAAUAAGAAUUAAAAAAUAACAACAACAGUGAUUUAUAUUAGAAUCCAGCUUCAAACAAUACAAAUAAAAUAGAUUUGAACACUGUUAUGGAUAAUCAUAAUGAAGAUGAAUAAGAAGAAGUUACAGUUAAUGAUGCUUCUCCCACAAAAACUAUAAACAGCUCACCAAGAAAUAAUACACAGUCUUCUUCUGAGUAAUUUGCAUCUCAAUAAGAUGAAUUUUACAUAACUGUAGAGACUGAGGAGAACCAAGACGACUUUUCUAAACAGAAUCAACAAAUAAAUUAGCAAGAGGAUCAAAAAUUAAAAGCUUAAAAAGUUUUAAAUAACUAUGUGAUAGAAGAAAAAGAGGAAGAUGAAACACCUCAAAAUAGUGGACAAAAGGAUUCUAAGCUCACUUUUAAUUUGAAAAGCAGUUUUAAUGAGAUAAAUUUAUAAAAUAACUCAAAUUCAUAGUCUCAACAUCCUCAAUAAUAAGUUUAGCUUGAAAAUCAAUAAUAACUUGGAUAGUAAUAAUAGUCAUAACAGUAAUAGCUAUAAUAGUAGGGUGCAGAAAUGAAAAUUAAUAAGUAGAUUUAAAAAAUUUUAAAGGUAGAAAAAUAGAACAGUCCAUCUAAGUUUUAAAAUAUGGGAUUUGGUGAAAAAGCUUAAAAAAUAAUAUAAAGAGGAAAUAAAUCUGCUAGAGCAUAGUUAAGCAGUAGUAGCAAUAACAACAAUAAUCAAAAAAGUGAGAAGAAUUUGAAUGUUAUUACUAUUUCUUCGGAAGAGCUCAAAACACCUAAAUCCUAAGGUGAAAAAGUCAGUUAAACAGUAAGAUCACUACAAACAGAAGGAAACCAGUAAGAAAAAAAAGUAAAAAUAUAAGAGCAAUAAGCAAGAAUAAUUGUUGAAGAUAGAAUACCACCCAAAGAGAAAAAGGAACUAAAAGUUACUAAAAUGAGUAGCAGCUAAAAGUAAUUGGCAUAAAUACCUUAAAAGACUUAAGUAGGAAAGAUUUAAAUUAUUUAAAUUUAACAAUAGCAGCAGUAGUAAUAAAAUAAACUCCAAAAGACUAACAGUGCUUAGAGUUUGCAUUAGAAAGAUUAACUUUAGAAAAUUCUGAAUUAAAAAAAAUCUUUACUCUAAUAACAAAUAAAUGAGAUAGAAAAUUAAAUUUAAAAUCUUUAAGAGGAAGAAGACAACAAAUAAGUUGAUAGAAAAAUAUAAUAAGUCUAAUCUGCAAAUAAAAUAAAUGCUAAUAAAACUCCUUUAUUGAUUUCUCCAGUUUAAAAUAAAUAAUAAAGAUAUCAUUCUCCUUAAGCAUAAUAUAAUGCAAGAUCUAAAUCAUAAGAAAAGCUUCACAUUGAUAUCUAAUAAAUAAGCAAAUCUAAACAAUAAGGUAAGUAGAUGGAUAAUGAUUCAAAAGUUAGUAAAUCAUCUAAAAGCAAGACAAGGGGAGAGUAUCUCUAUGAAAUUGCCAUUCUCCAAAAUGAAAGAAAGAAAAUAUUAUAAGAAAUUUCCAAAAAAAGUGAAACCUAAAGACAAUAUUCUGAAUGUACCUUUUCUCCUAAAAUAAAGCAAACGCACAAUCAAUUCCAUUAACUUUCAUUCACAGAAAGACAAUAGAUAUGGUAGAAAAAAAAAUUGGAAAAAACUAAAUCUUUAGUCAGUAAUUUUUCGAGCGAUGAUAUCAAAGAUUGCACAUUUAGACCAGAGCUUUUGAAAAGGUUAGAUACAAAUAAAGAUGAAUAUUUUAUCUAGGAGUUCUAAAAGUAAAUUUAAAAGCUUAAUGCUAAAAAAUUGAUUCGAUAAAUGAAUAGUUCAAGUCCGAAAUCAAGAAUUUCAAACAAAAAUCUAAGCGGAUCAAAAAUAAGUGGAUCAUAAAUGAUGAAUAAUUCAAGUUAAAGUAGUACUAUAUUCUAGUAAAUGAUUAAUAGUAAAGGUUCCUCUCAAUAAAAAUUCCAUAAAAUUUCAUAAGAUUCAGUUAUAAACUCUGCUAAAUAAUCGAAUUCAAAGUAUUACUAACAAUAAACUGGGUACCAAAUAUCUAAUUCUUACAAAAGAAAUUAGUACUCUCAUAAGAGCUAAAAGGUGAAUAAGACAUAAGAAACUAUUAGCUCAAAUAAAACAGAACUUGAGCUCAUACAAGAAUAUUAAAGAUUAAUCUCUAAUCUUUAAUCAAAGGCUCCCGUUCCUAUCCAAUUAUAGAAGAAAGAUGAAAUUUUCACGCUUGAAUAAUUUUAAAUAAGAAAUAACUAGUUUACUAACAGUUAAGAUGAAUUUUAAGAUGAAGAUUAUUAAUAAUUCAAUUACGCAGAGCCGGAGUAGAUAGCUAAAAGCAAUAGAACUUAGUAGAGUUUUAAUAAAACGCAUCUAAACCCAUAAUUUAAUUGA